UAGAUAUUGUGUCCUGUAUGAUCAAACACUACUUGGAAACAAGGGCACAGAGGUGUUAUAACGAGGGGAUAAAUAAACAAAACUAAAAAACGCUUCUAAAUAUUAUUAAAGACAAAUAAUCAAAUAGUUUACAGAUUACAACCUCAUUGCAAAACCACAAAUCACAUGAAAUCCGUCCUCUGCUUUAUCCGGAGACAGAUGCUCAGCGUGGAUUUGAUCUUAUUGUGCCAAAAUAAAGAGUUUACUGUCGUGUAGUUUGGUCUCUAAAUAAAGCUCUGAAUCUCAGCUCUGUGCUCGCGCUGUUUUCACCUCGCUAAACUUAUAAAACACCACGGUUUUUAUUCGAUAUUUCAGAGGAGAAAACACAGUCACUCGCAACUCGGGAAGGCGCGCAGUCACAGACAGACUGAGUCUAUAAGGUUCUCAUGUGUUGUAUAACCGCGCGGCGCCUCUCGGCAGUCCAGCAUUACUGAUCGAGUUCAGUUUUUGUGACAGUUCAGAUCUAUUUAGAAGAAUGACAGAAACCGCUCCAGCUCCAGCUGCUCCACCGGCCAAAGCGCCCAAGAAGAAAACUGCAGCCAAGGCAAAGAAAACGGGUCCGAGCGUGAGCGAGCUCGUCGUCAAAGCUGUGACAGCCUCCAAGGAGAGAAGCGGCGUCUCCCUCGCUGCCCUGAAGAAAGCGCUCGCCGCCGCCGGCUACGACGUGGAGAAGAACAACUCCCGCGUCAAGAUCGCCAUCAAGGGUCUGGUGACUAAAGGCACCUUGGUUCAGACUAAAGGAACCGGCGCGUCUGGCUCAUUCAAGCUGAACAAGAAGCAAGCAGAGACCAAGAAGGCCGCUCCUAAAGCAAAGAAGCCCGCAGCCAAAAAGACCGCAGCUGCCAAGAAGCCCAAGGCUGCAGCAGCAAAGAAGACCGCCGCAAAGAAAUCUCCGAAGAAGGCAAAGAAGCCCGCUGCCACAGCCGCUAAGAAGGCGACAAAGAGCCCCAAGAAAGCAACCAAGAGCCCCAAAAAAGCAAAGAAGCCUGCGGCCCCUAAGAAAGCAGCAAAGAGCCCCAAAAAGGCGAAGGUUGCGAAGCCCAAGACGGCAAAGCCUAAAGCGGCCAAGCCUAAAAAGGCCGCACCCAAAAAGAAGUAAAGUCACCAGCUGAGGUGUUUUGCUCUGGAAACAAACGGCUCUUUUAAGAGCCACCCACCAUCUCACAAAAGAGUUUCAUAUCUGCAUUUAUUGAUGUGUUUAUACACUAUAAUGUACUUUAAUUUGAACAGUUAAAUUAACCCGUGCUUAAGCCGGCAGAGUUAAGCACUUAGCUGACUGUUUAUAAAUCAUCAAGCGGUGAA